AGCAGAAACACGUGGAGCAGAGCACUGGGAGGGGAGCCGAGGAGCACCAGCAGGAUGACAGAUGUGGAUACAAGUAUGGAUUCUGUGAGCUAUCCGGAGCAGCCACAACCAGCAGCUCUGACAUCUUCUGGAGCAUCUUUUCUCUUAAACGCGUCAGCCUCUGAUGGCCGGGACCAUGAGAGUGCACGUAGAUCUUAGUGUAUGCUCUUCAAAAAGAGUCCCAGAGCCUGACUCUUGUGCUGCCAAAUAUCAGCAUUGUAAGGAAGAGGAGGGACCACAGUCAGAAGGUAUUGAUCAGACCGAUCUCCAACAGGAGGACAACAAUGCAGAGAAUAUAAUAAAGAUAAAAAAUGAAUCUGCAGAGGCAGGAGCAGCCAAGCAGUCAGAAGGUAUUGAUUUAUCCUAUGGAUAUGGAGCAGAGUGUGCACCCUACAACAGCAUCCAGCUGGAUCGACAUGACACAUCAUAUGAUCUCAACAGACCCAACCUGGGGAAGCUGUACUGUGACAUUUGUGGACUAGCAUGCAACAGCCUCAACGUUUUACUAGUGCACAAAAGAAGCCAUACAGGGGAACGUCCUUUCCAGUGCAAUCAAUGUGGAGCUUCAUUCACCCAGAAGGGGAACUUGCUCCGACAUGGCAAGCUACACACUGGAGAGAAGCCUUUUAAGUGUCACUUGUGCAGCUAUGCCUGCCAAAGGAGAGAUGCCUUGUCUGGACAUCUCCGCACACAUUCGGUGGAGAAACCUUUCAAAUGUGAAUUCUGUGGACGUAGCUAUAAGCAGCGCAGCUCUCUGGAGGAACACAAGGAGCGAUGUCGUGUUUUUUUGCAAAAUGUUAGCGAGUCUGCUAUUGAGGAACCCAAGCAGAUGAAACCGGAAAUGGGGAGUAAUCGGGCGCUGGUACUGGACCGAUUAGCCAGCAAUGUUGCAAAAAGGAAAAGCUCUAUGCCACAAAAAUUUAUUGGAGAGAAGAGACAAUGUUUUGAAGUUCCCUACAACAGCUUCUUGUAUGAUAAAGAUCAUAAUGUGAUUCCUCAAAGGAUGCUGGAGCAGAAUAUAGGAAAUCCAAUGGCCUACCUUGGUCCAGGGGUUUUACGUCCUGUAAUUCACACUCCACCCACUCCAACUGCAGAAAUGGUACCUGUUAUUAGCAGCCUUUACCCAGUACAGCUCACGCAUGUUGAUAUUUCCAAUGGCCAUCUUCCCUCGCAGCCGCUCAGAGAAAAGAAGCCAGUUCCAGAACAGGGCCGGUCCCCUUGUGCCAAUGCUCAAGACUCAACUGAUACAGACAGCAGUCAUGAAGAAAGAGCAUCCUAUCCACCCAACCUAAAUACUACUGCAGUUCGGACAAACAGUGCACUUCAACCCCCCAAGGAGCAUGUUAGGGUCUUUGAGCCCUUGAAACAUCCGGGGUUAUCUCAGCAUGAUCUUCUGCAGCUGUUGAGUAAAGAUGGGUUCCCGAUUGGGGUGUAUCGCUGUGACCAUUGUUGCGUUUUUUUUCUGGAUUAUGUCAUGUUUACCAUCCACAUGGGAUGCCAUGGAUUUCGAGACCCCUUUGAGUGCAAUAUGUGUGGACAUAGAAGCCAGGACCGAUAUGAGUUCUCAUCCCAUAUUGCACGUGGUGAACACCGCCUUUGUAUGAAUUAGCAGACUUACCAACUGAUUCUAUGUUGAGGAUAAAUCAGUUGCCAAGUCAUGUUACGUAUACAACAUCAGACAAAUGGCAGCAAGAGUAUAAGAUGAUAAAGGCUGCAGUGUGUUUGUGUUCAUCCUUAAAAGCUUUAUUGGUACUCAAUGCAGAUAUCUUGACUAUUUCAAUCUAUUGCAGUCUUAAAGGGAAUCUGUUAUCACAAUUCUGGACUAUUAUCUGCAGUAAUACAUGAGUAGUAGUGCACAUAGGGAGUAUGUGCUGUGCUAACAUAAUGUAGAGGACUCAUCCACAUGCAUAUCAGUCCUAUAAAUUUAUUUCAGUGCAGAUUUAAACCUUGAUAAAGGCCUGUUUAAUAAAGGCCAAUAGGCCGAAACGUCGAAUCUGUUUGCUAUGAUUCUGUUUCUAUGCAGUGGCCGGGUUUUGGGUAGCCCCAAUGCUCCGCUGGGUCCCCAGGACACCAUUUAGAUUUCACCAUGUGUUGCUGCUCUCCAGAAGGGCAGAAGGGAUGGUAAGGUGUGGUGCACCCCAAUGGGAAAUAAGUCCAGAGAAUCAGGGUCUGUAGUAAACCAUUGUGCUUUUUUACUGGAGGAAGUCAGAUGUAAAACAAUACAGGUGAGGCAUAGGGCUGGCUUCUCUAGUUUUCUCCCUGUGAGAAGAAGGGUUUGAUGUUGAGGAAAGGCCUGAGCUAGCUGUCCCUAUCUCUGUCAGAAGGCUGGUACACUGGCCAAAGGCUGGUGAUCCAGGUUCUGUGGCAGAGUAUUCCAUCUCAGCGUCUGCUCCUGAUCACUGAAUAUACUGGCAGAGUCUCCUCUUCUAAGCACUGUUCCCCAAUUACAGAACACUAGGGGCUCUGACUGCUCUCUGAAUAUACAGUUUCUGGCUAAACUAUAACCUUAUAGAGAGAGG